UCAUAUUAACAACUGGUGGUUGCAGUUACAGGCGAUGAAAUGGCCACAAUCACUGCCACACAGCGUGUGGUGAAUAAUCAUCUGACCAAUUUCAAUUAUCAUCAUUUGUCAAGUGUUAUUAAAUACUUGAAUAAUCAACAACAAACACCGCAACAACCGCAACAGCCAAAAACAUGGACAACAACUAAUGCAUUGUCAAUAUCUCAAAGAUAUUUUGAGAAAAUUGCUCCAGCUUCUGUUGGCAUUCCUGCGUUGAUGAAUCAAAAUUUUUAUGAUAUGCAGGAUUCUGGUUCAGAUGCUUCUGGUCACGAUGGCUAUGGAAGACACAGGAGACAUAAUAGGGACAAGGAACCUAUAUUUCAAUGUCCUGACUGUGACAAAAGGUAUCGCUCUAAAACAAGUUUAAGUCUACAUAAACGUCUUGAAUGUGGAAAAGAACCAGCCUUCCAGUGCCCAUACUGCCCGCUCAAAACACAUCAGAAAGGUAACCUUCAAGUGCAUAUAAAAAAGAAACACAACGAUCACGGAGAACUUAAUAGGACUUAUUGAAUUUUAUUAGUAAAACUACAUUGGUCUGAUAAACAUUUAGAGAGAUGAUAGUGCCAUCCCCUAGAGUCAUAACUUUUAAUUUAUUUCCUUAAAUAAUAAAAAUAUCCUAAUAUUUUUAAAUAUAUUAAACAAAAUAACGUCAAAUAAAUUCAAAAGUCUGGUUUUAAAACUCAUUUAUACUAACCAUAAUUCAUAACAAUUUUUUUUUUUUACUUUGUUAAUAAAUUUAGGUUUAAUUUAUAUAUUUUUAAUUAAUAAAAAUGAUUCCAAUAUUAAUAAUAUAUUCAAAAAUUAACUUAUUAUUUAUAAGUAAUAAGAAAAACAUCAGUAGAUUCAUUUUUCUUGAAUAAAAAAGUAUUAAAUCUCAUAUUCAUUUAAAAUCUUUUCUUUUAUUCCAAGUAUAGGAGCAUCAUGAAAACAGGGUGUUAUUUUUCAUAUUUACACAUGCUCCUUAAUAGAUUCCUUAGUUUAUUUAAAUUUUAGGUUUUCUGAUUCUUGAAUAAUUAAUUAUAUCAAUUUAUGUAUACGGUAUUAUAUUAUGUAAGUGACUGAUGUUCUUUUCUUAACAAAAUUGUGUAACUGCACAGAACACAAAACAUUUUAACUUGACCUGUAAUAAAAUUGCCCCAUCUGUAAUUAAAAAUCACUAGUUAAAAUAAAUAAUCCAAAUCAAAUCAUAUGUAUAUAAUAUAUUUUAAAAAAAAACUUACAAAAUAUGUAUUCUUUUAAUAUAAGAGUAUUUAUUUAAACUCUUGAUAAUAAUUUAUUUUAUGGACCAAAAUGUCUGCAUAUCCGAGUUUCCGUACAAUAAUAAUAAUAAUAAAAAAUUAUGUGACCAAUUAAUAUUUUUGUGGGUCGCGUAAUUAAUAACACAUAGGUACUUCCAUGCCGUCCAUGUAACCAUGUAUUAUAAUUUAGUUCACACCAAAGUUUUUUUUCUAAGUAUAAAUUAUAUAUUUACCAUAGAUAAAUUUUUCAUUUAUGAUUGUAGUAUUUUGUUAUAAUAUUGUAAUACAUGUUUAAAAAAUAGUUAUAAUAAGCCAUUAUUUUUACCAAAGUUACCUAUCUCAUAUUAAGAUAUUUGUAUUUCAAAAAAUUUAUAAAAACGUGCCUUACACAUGGCUACACGUGAAUUACUAUUGUAAUUGAUUUUUUCCAGUUUUUAACAUUAAUUUCAAUGAGACUCAUAGUGGGUGGUAAUAUUAUCUCUUUAAAUGCUAUAAUAGAAUAAAACACAUAAAUGUUACUUUCCAAAGAAUAUAAAAAUUAUAAUUAUUUCAUUUUAAAAAUGCAAUGUUGCUCUCUCUACUUAAGAUCUCCAAAGAUAUAUAUUUGUAUGAAAAUAUAUAUAUUAAUUAUUAAAUAUUAUAUAAUAAAUUUAUAAAAGUUUAAUUAUUAGCAAUAAGAAACAAACUGUCUGAAUGUAAAAUCUAUAAAAAAAAAAAAAAAAAAUCUACCUCAUAUUACUACGAGUAGUUUUAUCCGUUAAUGAGUGCAAUUUUUCCUAUUUUAUAAAAUGUAACUAUGUAUAAAAAAAAGUUAUACGUCUUGUUCCUAGUUACUUUUUUAAUAUUUAUUUACGUAUUCAUAUAUAGAUAUAUAUAUAUAUAUAAAGUAUCAUAUUAUUAUUACUAUUAUUAUUUUUGUAAUUUUAUUUUUUGUAGUACAUCUGUCUACCUCAUUAAUAGCUUUAAAAACAAAAUGUACAAACAAUAUUACUGUUCUUUUUUUUUUUAUUAUUAUUAUUUAUUAUUAUUUUUACAUCACUUAUAUUGCAUUAGAUAUUAAGCCAUCAAGACUAAACCAACACUUGAAGUACAAAUUUGCGAUUGCAGGAAUUUAUUCAAAUUAAUAAUUUUAAUGUAAUUUGUAGGGUAUAAUAAUAUUCAUCUAGUUAGUUUAAACUGGGGUUCUUUUUCGUGCGGCUAUACAUUAUUUUACUAGACUUGCCUAUAUGAUUUAGAACCUUCCAUAAGUUUUAUUUUUCCGGUGGUAAUAUUGUUCCUAAUACCAAAAAUAUAUGUUAUAUAAUUCCUACUAUAGAGGAAAUGGGAGGUAAUAAUCUAGAAACAAUAUUAUGAUAUUAUGUUUGCUUAUAAAAAUAAACACUAGAUAGAAUGUGUGCGCAGUGUCAUUCUCAAAGCAAUAUAUUUGUAACUUAGUUGGACAUGAGACUUAGACAAAAGGCAAUAACUUUAUGUAGCAAAUAACUUUAAUAUCUAAGCCCAUUCAACAAAUUUGUGUUAGAAUUAUUGAACCCCAUAAAAUUGUUUUUUUUUUUUUUGAAAAAUCGCAAUCAUUGAAGGUACAACAUUAACUUUUAAUAAUAAUCAACUUAAAGUACAAACAAAUUCUAAAUAAUUAAUAUGGUUCAACCACAAUAUUGUUAUGUAUAAUAUGUAUAUAAUGUAAAUGGAUAAAUUCUUAAAAUGUUUUAAUUUUUUUUCUUCCUUUUUUACUUUAUUUUGUAAUAACAAAUUCUAUACCACCCACCACCUCAGUACAUAAGUUCAUAAGAUAACAUUUAAUUUUAAUUUUUUUUUCUACAUAGUUCCUAUUUUUUAGACAAACUAUGCAUUUUACCUUUUUAUAUUUUUAUUUUAAUCAUACAAAUAGUGUUCAUUUUAGUAGAGAAUUAUUUUGUUUAAACAUCUUCAAAUAUGUAAAUUUCAUGUACCUGAUGUUUUGCAUUUAAUUAAUAGGUUACUAGCACUCACAAUGUUUCCAAAGGUAUUUUCCUUCCAAGUAUAAUAUUAUGUACAACAAUUUUAUGUUUAAGCAUAAAUACUUGCAAUAAGUGUUUUUUGUAUGCAUACUGUGUUAAAUAUUUUUAAUUUGUUUUGUAAGCACACAACACAUCAUAAACACAUAAGCAGUAUUAUUGAAUUUUCUUCGUCGUACUAUUAUAUACCUAACCUUUAUUGAAUUUUUUUUAUUAUUAUUAUUUAUGAGAUCAAAUAUAUUAUUUAUUUAGAAAAUAUGUGUAUAUGUUUUGUGCACUAAAUUUAGAUGCUUAGUUUUGAUAAAGUGUAAGAGUAGUAUAAUGCAAUAUGUUGUAAUUUAAAAACAAA